AUGAUGAAAAUCUCUGAAUUUCAAGACAACGGCAUCCCAGUGGAUGACCUCGUGGAUAAUAAGGAGAAGCUAGAAGAAAAAGGCCAAAAAGGAGAUCCGACCUGGAUCAAUCCCGGUCAGUUUCAAUUGAGCGAGGAUGUGCGCGCUGUCCUUUUGAAGAAGCAAAAGAAGCCAGGCUGUGUUAGGGUUGUAGCGAAUCAAAAACCUACGAGAUAUACAUUGACGGACAGCCUGAACGGUACCGUGCUAAUCGCUGCAAAACGAGGGGAAAUGAUUAUCAACCUAGGCAAUGCUUCCGUUUCCGUCGUCGUCCAGGAACCAUGA